AAAAAUUCACAGAUUCUAAAAUAACAUUAGUCGCCAUGUUUGAUGAUAAGCACGGGGACCGCAGCAGAAUAAAAAAAACAAAAUCAAAUUUAUUUUACCCAAAUCAUAAAGUGCAUCUAUUUUCAAUUACGACGUUUUUCUAGUUUACACUUGACCUCUUGUUUGUAUCGCGAUUUAUUUCCGGCAAGGUGCGGUGAAAAUUGAAAAAAUGGCAGAAAAUUCACAAUUAUACGGUGAGCAAUUGUUGGACCUCGAGAUUUCAUACCCGGAGGUGAACCUGGAGAUGGAAGACGACGAGGAGGAUGGAUCAUCGAAGAGAUUUGCAGAGAAAUCGGGCCAGAUAAGCGAUUUUCGUUUUGCAACCGCUUUGCGCCGCUUCGGGAGUGUUUUGAUACAAAAAAGCCAAACACCGCAAAUGAAGAAGCUAAAAGCAGGAGCGAUUAAGGAGAUGGCCAUGCAUUUCUUGCUGGAAACCGGAGUGGAAUUGACAGAAAAACAAAUUAUGAAGAAGGUCAAUAACAUGAAAUCCAGGAUCAAGUCGAAGACGGACAAAAAGGCCACCGGUAAUAGGCAAAUUUGCUUAAAUUCCGGUGAAAAAAUUUUCUACGACCUCCUGGGAGCUGAAGAAAAUCCGGCAGUAUCAAAAGUAAACUAUGGUGUUUCGGUGGGAUCAAGUGCUAUUGCUUUGAAAAGGCAGAGUAUUGGGAUUAUUUCCGACGACGAUGAAGACAUCUUACAAUCACCGGUCAAAGCGGCGCUUAACGAUUCAGGAACAUCCAACGUUUUGACAGAAUCCGGUCAAAUUGCUGCCGGAAAAUCGCUGCCAUUACAAGAGAAAUUCAUACCACCUCCAUCAAAAGUUGGGCGGUUUACAGGAAAGGCUCGUAUCCAACCAUCUGAACAUCGACUCGACCCCGACAAGCUCUCGAAUAGUCAACUGCAGCAAAAGGUGCUGGUCAAGCAGUUCGAAGUCCUCGAGCAGCAACAGCGAAUCAACGACAAGUUAGAGAGCGUGCUUGAUAAGGCUGGAGACUUGUUGAACCGCUAUUUGAAAUGAAGAGGCUAUUAACAACAAACAAUAUGAAUAUGGAAACGGAUUUUUUUUAUUGAAUUUAUUUCGAAUCAGUUCGUAAGAUAAAUAAAAAUAAGUGUUUUAU